UAUCUACACCUGCAUUACAAGCUCUCUGUCUGUCUUGAAGAAGAAGCAACCAUCAUGGAUGCCAAAGCUGUCGAGCUGCAUGGCAAGGCCAUCACCAAAGCCAUAAGCGAGAAAGAGCCAAGCGCCUCUGUACUUAAGCUUCUCAACGAACUCAACUCUGGUUUGAAGCCCACCGAGGACCUCUUGCGAUCCACGCGAAUCGGCGUCACCAUCAACAAGCUGCGCACGCACAACGACCCCAACAUUGCCAAGCUUGCGAAUCAAAUGGUUUCAAAAUGGAAAGAGGAAGUCAAUAAAAACAAGAAGGGAGGCGCGCGACCAAAAGCUGCGGCAGCCGCAACAUCAUCAGCGAACGGGAACUCGUCACCCGCACCACCGGCUUCGGGAACUGCUUCGCCAGCUCCGACCAAAAAGAAGCACACCGUGCCGGCCGACAAGCGUAAUAAGAAGACCGACAACAUUAAGUACCAGGUUACCGGAGAUGAUCAGCGGGAUGCGUGCUUGGGCCUCAUCUAUGAUGGUUUAGCCUUCAUGAGCGAAGAAUUGCCUGAAGACAUUUUCAGCGUUGCAAAGGCGGUAGAAGCCGCCGCGUACGCCAACGCCGGCUCCAACAUCAAUGACGGUUACAAAUCAAAGAUCCGCUCCCUCUUCCAGAACCUCAAGAACAAGUCCAACCCGGCCUUGCGAAAGCGCGUCUACUCCGGCGACAUUACGCCCAAGCGCUUCGUCACCAUGACGCACGAUGAAAUGAAGUCUGACGAGCGUCGUGCUGCCGACGAGAAGCUCGAGAAGGAGAACAUGAACAAUGCCAUGGUCGCCCAGGUCGAGAAGAGUAUCUCAAAGGAAUUCCAGUGCGGAAAGUGCAGGCAGCGCCAGGUCUCGUACACCCAGGCCCAAACCCGGUCCGCGGACGAGCCCAUGACAACCUUCUGCGAGUGUAUGAACUGCGGAAAUCGCUGGAAGUUUUCGUGA